UGAACUCGUACCAAACUUCUGGACUUCUGUAGAACUUUCUUCUCCAUUGGCAUGCAAAUGUCUCUCUCCAUGCAAGGUCCAAACUGAAAAAAGGAAAAAGAUCUACACUAAUUUAUUUUUCUCCCUUAUAUAAAGACACACAUGUUGGUCACUGCAAAACAACCAAUAAACUGACCAACCACCACGAGCCAAGAGCCAACCCACACACCACUGUGUCUGUACUCACCGCGAGCUCACGAGCUCAAUAAUGCCUCGCUCCGGCGCUCUUCCCCUCCUCGCCGCGCUGGCCCUCGGCCUGGCGGCCGCGGCCGCGGCCGCUGCCUCGGCAUCGAAGGGCGCACCGGCGGCCACUGACUUCAUCCGCAAGUCGUGCCGCGAGACGCAGUACCCGUCGGUGUGCAUGCAGAGCCUGUCGUCGUACGGCAAGCCGCCGCCGCGCAGCCCGCAGGAGCUGGCGCGCGCGGCGCUGUCCGUGAGCGCGGACCGCGCGCGGUCGGCGUCGGCGUACGUGGGGCGGAUCUGCGGGCCGGGCCUCCGAGGCGGCGCCGGCGGCAAGGCGAAGGGCAGCCCCGCGCGCGAUUGCCUGGAGAACAUGGCGGACAGCGUGGGCCACCUGCGCGACGCGGCCAAGGAGCUGGACGGGGGCCUCGGCCGGGCCGGGUCGCCGGCGUUCCGGUGGCACCUGAGCAACGUGCAGACCUGGUGCAGCGCCGCGCUCACCGACGAGAACACCUGCCUCGACGGGCUCUCCCGCGGCGUGGACGCCGGCACGCGCGCCGCCAUCCGGAGCAAGGUCGUGGAGGUCGCCCAGGUCACCAGCAACGCCCUGGCGCUCGUCAACAAGGUCGGGUCCGGGCACUAGCCCGGCCCAGGCCCACUCGGUUCGCCUUGCUACGUAUACUAGUACUACGCGCGUACGCUCGUAUCCUGGUGCUCUUUAAUCUUGGGUCAUGUACUCUGCUCAUGUUCUUCUGGAUGCGCUCUAUAAUCCGGAGUAGUACUACUGUAUUUCAGUUUCCAUGUGUUCUUGAUGUGCCUGUAAAAUGUAGCUAAGACAAUCAAUGAAGAGUGUAAUUAAUGUUAA